AAACUUUGUUACACGCGCUCUGCACCGUUUGUCUGCUGUUGUCCUUCACGUCGCUAUUACAAAGUCAACAAGUCGAUCGUCUCACUGAAAGAGGAGCCUGGCAGACGAGACGAAAACCUUUGGCCGACAGAAGCUAGAAUGAACGGCAUGGUUUGGGGACUCUUUAAUCACCUGCCGUGCUUCAUGGAGUCAGACCGCAACAGUUUCCAGCCCUGGAGAGACUACAUAGGACUGUCGGACACGAUCAGAGAAAUCCUGGCCCGGCACACAACUACUGAGUCCCUGUCAGCCUCAAAAGCUCCGCAAUCAGAGUCCGAUGGUCUGUGCGAGGCACUGACGUCUGUGCGCAUUAACGCAGGUAGCCAUAGCGGCGCCCUCGGGGCAGAUUGUGCACUAGAUCCCUCCCGUGACUCUACGCUCCCGGGCUCUUUGGCUCAUCAGCGUCCAACUGAUGGUUUGUGGUACGCUACAGACCCUUUUCGCACUGACGCCCCAGAUAUGCUGGGUGUGAAGCUAGGGCAAAGACCGACGGGCUCCAGGGGACCAAAAGACUACAAGAAAACCGCUCUUUUGAAAACCCCGGAGCCGCCAUUGUUACCUGCGUCGCCUGAGCGUAUGUUCUGCAGUUUCUGCAAGCACAACGGAGAGUCCCACUUUGUGUGCGGAUCCCACUGGCUGAAGAACCAGGCCGGAGACGUUUUGUGUCCGUAUCUGCGGCAGUAUGUGUGUCCUCUGUGCGGAGCCACGGGGGCCAAAGCUCACACCAAGCGCUUCUGUCCGAAGGUGGACAGCGCGUACAGCUCCGUGUACGCAAAGUGCAGACGCUGAUCCAACAGGUGGCAGGUAGCAAUAAGACACAGAAGGCUGAAUCGUCCAUUUAUUAAUGUGGUUUUGUUUAUUAGCACGUGUAUCUGUGGUUUGUUUUUCAUUUGCAUGCUUUGGCACGUUUGCCGUGUAGCCUUCUAUAAAGCUGAUUGGAGUUAUUUUCCAGCUGGUCUUUUUGUCGGCCGAGCCUAACGGCGUCAGUUUGGGAUUCUGAGUAAGUCAAGAACGACCGCCCGAUAUUAUGUUUGGGAGGAGAGGGGGGAAAAAAAGACAUGUUUCAAAGAAAAAGACAUGAUUCAAAGAAACAUGCCUUUUUUAUUUUACAUACUUUUAAAACGUGGCCACUUGAUGUCCAGUUUCAUAUCUCCUGUCCAUGCAUUGAAGGAUUAUAACACUGUCAACCCUUUCUAAGAGUCAGUCAUCAGUAAUAACUUUACCACAGCAUAGAAAACAUCAUGUGACCAUGUCAGCAUUUUAAAUUUUUUAAGAAAUAUGAGUGACUUGUUCCUGUUCUGAGGUGUAGAGUAAAUGCCUGUUCCCAAGGCGUGUUAUUUUAUUUUAAGUAACUGUGGCUCUUAAAAUGCCAUUUCAGCUCUUCUGACUCUGUGAAAAGAAAUGUGUGUGUGUGUGUGUGUGAAUAUUAUUGCAUGUCAGAAGUUAUAAAUAUGUAAAUUGACAACA